CGCUAAAGAAGCAUAAUAGUUGCAGUCUUAUACGUUUCAAUGAAACAGUAUGACCUGUUGCACCAAAAUUUGCUGGAAAUUCUGAUACAAGGCGGAGAUUUUGUAAGCAUUUUAUGCUUUUAAGUGAAGGAUAGAGAAAGAUUAUACAGUAAACUGCAAAGUCUGGCAACUUUUCAGUUAAGAUUUUUUCUUGCAAGAAAUAGAUUCAAAAUAAAUGAGGCUUCAAUUUGGUUCGGUAGACUUACAGUGGAGAGAAAAUCAGGAAAGCCUUCGAAUUGAAUGGUGAAUUGAGAGUUAUUUGACAAAAGGAAAGAGCUGAAAUCAAUUAAGCUUUAUUUUGUUUGGUGAAGAGCAAAUCAGAGAUGACAUAGAUUAGAAGAAUUUGGAGGCUAGAAUCCGCUACAAUAUGUUCUGAGUACUCUGUUCGGAUCUUUAGAUUGUUGAUGGUUAAUGAAGCAGACUCAAUCGGGUUUGCUUUUCCAGCUUGCGGGAGGACUAGCUUAGGUCUGACUGAAUCUCAAUUGGGGAAAAUUACCGAGUAGCUUUCAUUAGGAAAUCCUCAUCUCAGGCGAUGGAAUUUAUGAACAACUCUGUGAGGGUUGAUCAAGAUUUGGAUAAUCAAAAGUUUACAUCAAGAAAGAAGCAUGAGUUGACCAAGACAAGGUCUCACGAUUUGUGUCGUCAUUGGCAUUGUGGGAAAUUCAAAGUAUUUGUUGAGGAUUCUGAACCACUAAGGAGGAGGAUUUUGGACCCAAGAAAUAAUCUAUUUCAACUAUGGAAUAGAAUAUUUUUCAUUUCUUCUUUAGUUUCCCUAUUUCUAGAUCCACUUUAUUUAUUUCUUCCUAUGCUUGAUGGUUCUAAUAGUUGUAUGCGAAUUGAUAGGAGGCUUCAAAUUAUUGUCACCAUUUUUCGUUCAAUCAUAGACUUGUUCUAUAUUUUGAAUAUGAUAAUGAAGUUUCAGACUGCAUACAUUGCUCCAACCUCACUUGUUUUGGGAAGUGGCGAACUUGUUGUUGAUCCUGAACAAAUUGCAAAGAGAUAUUUGAAGACAAGUUUCUUUCUCGAACUUGUUGCAUCAUUACCUAUUCCUCAGCUUGCAGUUUGGUUCCUAAUACCUUCUCUAAGAAGAUCAAAUGCCGAUCGUACCAAGACUGACCUGCUUUUGAUUGCCCUUUUCCAAUAUUUUCUUAGGAUGUAUUUGAUCUUCCCUUUGGCAUCCGAAAUUGCCAGAGCCAAUGGAGCUGUGAUUGAGAAAUCAUGGCUUGGAGCUGCAUACAACUUAUUUCUUUACAUGAUGGCAUGUCAUACUAUAGGUGCUACUUGGUAUCUGCUAGCCAUUGAACGUGGAAACACUUGUUGGCAGAUCGCGUGUAGAAAUGACAUUGCAUCAAAUUGCCAGCUUGACUUUUUAGAUUGUGACAGUUUGACAAAUGGUUUGAGCUCUGUUCGUGAACAGUGGAUGAACAUUACACCAGUAUUUAGUAAUUGUAAUGCAACGAAUCUCACAAACAGUUUUUCCUUUGGUAUUUAUGGGAUCGCUUGGACAACUCAGAUUACCUCUUCAAAUUUUCUUGACAAGUACACCUACACCGUAUGGUGGGGCUUGAUGAAUCUCAGUUCACUGGGGCAAAAUCUUGCAACCAGUACUUUUGGUGGGGAGAAUAUAUUUUCAAUUAUUGUUGGCACGUUGGGUUUGAUAUUAUUUGCACGUGUGCUUGCGAAUUUGCAGACACUCUUGCAGUCUCUCAAAGUUAGGGUUGAGGAAUGUAGAGUACAAAGAGGUGAUACAGAGGAAUUUAUGGAAUACCGUCAACUACCUCAAGAUCUCCGUGAACGUGUUCGUCGCUAUGAUGAGUACAAAUGGGUUGCUACUCGAGGGGUUGACGAAGAGACAAUUAUGCAGAGCUUACCCAUGGACCUUCGACGCGAUAUAAAGCGUCACUUGUGCCUCAACAUUGUACUGCAGGUCCCAUUUUUUGCACAAAUGGACGAUCAGCUUAUUGAUGCUAUAAUUGAAGGGCUAACACCUGCUCUAAGCACUGAAGGAACGUAUAUUGUACGAGAAGGAGAUCCUGUCAAUGAAAUGUUCUUUAUCAUCCGAGGUUACUUAGAGAGUGCAACAACAGAUGGAGGUAGAGCUGGCUUCUUCAAUUCAAUUACAUUGGGUCCUGGUGAUUUCUGUGGUGAGGAACUUCUCAAUUGGGCAUUGUUUACAAAACCCACUUUAAACUUACCAUCUUCAACCAGGACAGUUAAAGCAUUGGUAGAAGUAGAAGCAUUUGCAUUGCGGGCUGAAGAUCUGAGUUUUGUUGCAAACCAAUUCAGGCGUUUGCACAGCAAGAAACUGAAGCAUACAUUUCGAUUCCAUUCUAAUCAGUGGAGGAAGUGGUCAGCCUGCUUUAUACAAGCAGCCUGGCGGCGUUACAAGAGAAGAAAGUUAACAGCAGAACUUUUUGAGAAAGAGAGGUUCUCUUCUUCUCAAAACCAGGAAUUUGAAUCAUGUCGGUCUUUUGCUACCUCAGUAGGAUUUGAAUCAUUUCGCUCUUUUGGUAACCAUGCUGAACUCAUGGCAGAAGCUGCCCAGAAUAACCCAAAUAUAAGGAGAGGAAUUCAGAUUUCUCAUGAUUCAGAUGAUGAACUGCCCAAGUUACAGAAGCCUGAGGAGCCAGAUUUCUCUGUUGAGGUUGAGGAUGAGUAAGUUUAACUGUGAAUCUGGAUCAAUGCAUCAGCUGUUUAACCCAUUCAACACAUUUAAGACACUGAUGCACUUUCAAAAAUGAGUAACAGAUUUAUUGCUGGUCACAGUCACAAUUGAGUGGCGUGCUUCAUACAAAUUUUUUAUUUUAAUGCAACUAGAAAUAAGCAUGUAAAUGUAAAUCUCUUUGAG